CCUUAUAGCCGGACCGUGUAAAUCAAAAUGGAAGGCUUGUCUUUAUACUUCGAAGACAGUCAUGACGAUUUGGAUGACAUUGGAUUUGAUGACUACGGCUCAGAGUGUGAUGGGAUUCGAAUAACAGCGUUUCUGGAUGCAGGACAGGACAACCUUACUCCGCUGGGCCGGCUUGAGAAAUAUGCCUUCAGUGAGAAUGUCUUUAACAGGCAGAUUGUGGCACGGGGGCUUCUAGACGUACUGCGUGAGUUCAGCGACAAUGAGAAUGACUUCAUCAGCGUCAUGGAGACCAUCGGCAGGAUGUCCGAGGAUGGAGAGCCCACAGUGCGUGCAGAACUAAUGGAACAGGUACCAAACAUUGCCAUGUUCCUACACGAGAGUCGCCCAAAUUUUCCUGAUGCUUUCUCUGGAUACCUGCUGCCUAUCGUCGUACGCUAUCUCACUGACCCCAAUAAUCAGGUGCGGAAGACCAGUCAGGCAGCCCUGCUGGUGCUGCUGGAACAGGAGCUGAUCUGUAAGACAGACAUAGAGGAGAAAGUUUGUCCAGUGCUGGUGGAGCUCACUGAACCCUGCAGUGAUGAUGACUACAAGAUAGAAGCUGUAGCGAUCAUGUGUAAGUUGGUGAACAUGCUGAGCAAAGACACCGUGGAAGACCUGCUCCUGCCUCGCUUCUGUGAACUAUGCAGCGACGUUCGACUCUUUCAAGUCCGCAAGGUUUGCGCUGCAAAUUUUGGAGAAUUCUGCUCAAUUGUAGGCCAAGAGGCAACAGAGAAAUUGCUGAUGCCAAAGUUCUUCGCUCUGUGCUCAGACAGUCUGUGGGGCAUUCGCAAAGCUUGUGCAGAGUGCUUCAUGAUUGUCUCCAACUGUACAUCUCCUGAGGUGCGACGUACUAAACUGUCCCCCCUUUUCAUCAGCCUCAUAAGUGACCAGUCUCGCUGGGUCCGUCAGGCGGCGUUCCAGUCUCUGGGCCGUUUCAUCUCCACAUUUGCCAAUCCCUCCAGCACUGGCCUUCACUUCAGAGAGGACGGCAUUUCCAGAGAGGUCUCCCAGUCACUCUCUGAGAGCAAUGAGCUGCAGAUGACUCCUGCAAGAUGUGAGGCGUCUGAUAAUGCCAAUGAGAAACAGAUCCAGCCAGACACCAGCUCAACACCACCCUCAGAAUCACAAACGGCACCACCAUCAUCAUCAUCAUCAUCAUUAUCAACGUCAGCGUCACCAUCACCUGUGCCUGCAGCAGACAGGCGUCAGGACUCAUCAGGUCCCGUGGCUGUAGUGUCGGCAGGCCCCGUGGUCUCAGCCCAACCCAGCAGUGCUCUGGUCCUGACGGAGAGCUCAGGCUGUGAGAACGUGGCCCAGGGGCCCAGUGAGGCAGAACCAGACUCCUUCACUUCAUUUCUGUACUGGAGACCUCCACUGCCUGACAUCACCCAGGACCUGCUCCAGCUCCUCCACAGUGACAGUGGCCCCGAGGAACAGGGUGUCCCCAGCUUGGAUGUGGAGGGUCCUUCCACCAGCUCACAGAUCCAGAAAGUACUGGACUGUCUCCAGCCCCACUUAGAUGACCCUGACGUGCAAGCUCAGGUACAGGUGCUGUCUGCGGCCCUGAAGGCUGCUCAGCUAGAGAGCCAGAGUGAAGACAUUGAGCAGGAGGAGAUGACGACAGAGACCAGACACUCUGACCUGCCACAGACACUGGUCCUGAAUCCUGCGGAUGAACAGACGAACCCCGAAACACAGCUCCCAGAAUACCAGGGUUCCCCUCCUACCUCACCACUUCUCAUGGAUCACUCUCAAUCCAGUGGUUUGGACCUGAUUGAGAGUGUGGAGGAGGAGAAGGACUGUGAAGAUGAGAAACGUAAAGUUCAGCAGGAUGUGAUUCCCCAACCACUGUUGGAUCAGUACCUGUCAAUGACAGACCCAGCUCGGGCCCAGACAGUAGACACUGAGAUAGCCAAACACUGUGCCUUUAGUCUGCCGGGUGUGGCCCUGACACUCGGCCGACAGAACUGGCACUGCCUGAAAGACACCUACGAAACUCUGGCCACCGAUGUGCAGUGGAAAGUGCGUCGCACCCUGGCCUUCUCCAUCCAUGAGCUGGCAGUGAUUCUGGGUGACCAGCUAACAGCGGCAGAUCUUGUGCCUAUCUUCAAUGGUUUCCUCAAAGACCUGGACGAAGUUCGGAUAGGUGUCCUCAAACACCUCUAUGACUUCCUUAAGCUUCUUCAUGCAGAGAAGCGGAGGGAAUACCUGUACCAGCUUCAGGAGUUCAUGGUCACGGACAACAGCAGGAACUGGAGGUUCCGCUAUGAACUGGCUGAACAGCUGAUCCUGAUCAUCGAGCUCUACAGUCACAGUGACGUGUACGACUACCUCAGACAGAUUGCCCUCAACCUCUGCUCUGACAAGGUGUCAGAAGUCCGGUGGAUCUCCUACAAACUGGUGGUGGAGAUUUUGCAGAAGCUGUAUGCUUGUGGGGCACAUGACCUGGGUCUAAACUUCAUUAACGAGCUCAUUAUCCGGUUCUGCCAUUGCCCUAAGUGGGUGGGACGUCAGGCCUUUGCAUUCAUCUGUCAGGCCAUUGUUGAGGAAGAUAGCAUGCCAAUGGCCCAGUUUGCCCAGCAUCUCCUCCCCAGUUUGUUGAGUCUGUCCUCUGACCCGGUGCCAAACGUCCGCGUCCUGGUCGCCAAGGCGCUCCGCCAGAGCAUCGUGGAAAAACCAUACUUCAAAGAUCCUGGCAGCGCGUACUCGGAUGAGUUGGAGGAGGCAAUAAUGGAGCUGCAGACAGAUAAAGAUCGAGAUGUGCGUUUCUUUGCCAGUCAGGACCCCAACAAAAACGUCAUGAACACAGUGGCUCUAAUCUGACUGGGCCUGCUCCCCACGACAAGCAGCAGAAAGGACGCUGGUCCCUGAAACACACGUUUUGUUUUUUUUUAACGCUCAAAUGGAAUCUGCUGACCAUCUGUCACACACUUUUAAUAUGACAGAAAGUCACACUCACACACUGCACAAAUGUCAAAACCUUUUUCAAAUUUACACACUCACGCAUCGUGUGCAUACACACACACACAUACACUCAGAGGACCAUUCAGAUGGAGCUUUGUGGCAUAGAAUCUGGGCUCCACUGAGGCAACUGUAUGCAACAUUUUUGGGUGAACAAACAAAG